CUAAGCAACGACGACAACUUUGACGCUGUGUAGACAGCAGAGCAAACUUUGAAUUAAUAUGUGUAAGCACAAUAGUUAACUUUUGCAGCCUGCUAGCAGUGUCGUUUGAUAUCUGGAACUAAGUCUGCUGUCAGGCAGAAUACAUACUAAAAUUACCCAGUACCACAUUUCUGGAAAAGACUUCUGAAAAUGGAAGAGGAGAUGAAAAUGGAAGAAGAGACACCUUCACCCCACAUCUUUGUAGAGAAAACUCUAGCUAUUAUCAAACCAGAUACCAUUCAUAAAGCAGAGGAAAUUGAAGAAAUAAUUCUUAAUUCAGGAUUUACAAUACUUCAGAAAAGAAAACUGCAUCUAAGCCCAGAACAGUGCAGUGACUUUUAUGCAGAGCAUUAUGGGAAAAUGUUUUUCCCUAGUUUGACAGCAUUUAUGAGCUCUGCACCAGUCAUUGUUAUGGUACUUGCUAGAAACGGAGCAGUUCAGUAUUGGAAAGAUCUAAUGGGGCCAAGCAACAGCCUUAAAGCAAGAGAAACUCAUCCAAACAGUCUGAGAGCAAUUUAUGGAAAAGAUGACCUCCAGAAUGCAGUACAUGGUAGUGAUUGCAUUAUUACAGCGGAGCGAGAGAUUCAGUUUAUGUUUCCACAUAUGACUGUGGAUCCAGUCCCAGUUGGACAGGCAGCUACAGACUACUUAAGUAUAUAUGUAAAUCCUACAUUGCUUUCUGGAUUGACAGCACUCUGCAAGCAAAAACCUGCAGAUCCGAUUAUUUUUCUUGCUGACUGGUUGCUUGAACACAACCCCAACAAACCCAGAGUUCGAGGUGGGCCAGUUGUUGAAGAAGUGGAGGAAUAAGAAGGAAGUGCUGAUUUUAGAAGACAAAAUAAAGUUCUAAGAGAUGAAAUUAUAUUGUUUUUGUAUAUGCAAUUGUUUUUUCUCUAGAGUUCUACAAAGAAGGGAGCAUACAGGCACUGGACGGCAGAAGUGAUGUGAUCCAUUUAUUGGACUAACAUAAGUUUUGCAGUUACUCGAACUUUCAAGCUGGCAUGAGUCCUUCAUCAGGGCUUAUUAAGAAACUUGUUAAAUACAGUGCUUAAAUAUCCACUCUUACCUAGAAAGGGAAGUACACCAUUUAUUUUCAGAUAUGAAUGCAUGAAUUGUAAUGGUGGGAAAAAGUGUGUGAGUCAUUCCAUUGACAACAGUAUGCUUACAUUUAAAAGGUUUGGAGAACAAAACCCUCUUAAUGCCAGCACUUGCUUGUUUUUCCUUCAGAUUUGGAUAGAAUCAGAAAAUUAGAUUUUUUCAUUCUGGUCUUAAAAGUUUAAUUGAAAUAUUGUCAAUAAUACAAAGUGACAACUGAUAUGUAAGUAGGUGUGUGAAGUGCAUAUGCAUAUACUUUUACUUCAUGAAUGAGAUUAAAUAAAGAGUAGCCAUCCAGCAUGGCUUAGCAUCA